CCGGGAAGUCUCGCCUUCGCCCCGCGUCUCUCGCGGGAGCAUUCGGCCAAGAUGGCGGCGCUGCCGGGCCGUUGAGCGGCUCCGGGCAGGAGGGGGAUGCCGGCGGGACGGGACUCGCCGCCGCGGCUCUGAACGCAUCGACCCUCCGGCUGCGGCGAGCCCGCCCGGCGGGGCCCCGCCGCCGGCGAUGACCGGAGAGAAGCUGCGCUCGCUGCGCAGGGACCACAAGCCCGGCAAAGAGGACGGGGACCUGCUGGCGCCCGGAGAGGAGGAGGCGGCAGCCGCGCCCGGAGGCAUCUUCACCGGGGGGCGCGGGAGCAGCGGCAAGGGCGGUCGGGCCGGGGGCCACCGCGUCUUCAGCAACCACCACCGGCUGCCGCUCAAAGGGGGCCCGGCGGCCGGCGGGACGGGCCCGCCCGCCGAGCCCGACAAGUGCCCGGCCAACUUCCCCGUCCAUGAGUGCGUCUUCAAGGGGGACGUGCGGCGGCUGUCGGCCCUCAUCCGCACCCAGGGCAUCGGUCAGAAGGACAGUCACGGAAACACUCCUUUACAUCUUGCUGUGAUGCUGGGACAUAAAGAAUGUGCCCACUUGCUUUUAGCCCACAAUGCUCCAGUGAAGGUGAAAAAUGCUCAGGGAUGGAGCCCUCUCGCAGAAGCCAUCAGCUACGGAGACAGACAGAUGAUUACAGCUCUCCUAAGGAAGCUUAAACAGCAAUCCAGGGAAAGUGUUGAAGAAAAGCGACCUCGAUUAUUAAAAGCCCUGAAAGAGCUAGGUGACUUCUACCUAGAGCUUCACUGGGAUUUUCAAAGUUGGGUGCCUUUACUUUCCCGAAUUCUGCCUUCUGAUGCAUGUAAAAUACACAAACAAGGUAUAAAUAUCAGGCUGGACACAACUCUCAUAGACUUUACCGACAUGAAGUGCCAACGGGGGGAUUUAAGCUUCAUUUUUAAUGGUGAUGCCGCACCCUCUGAAUCUUUUGUAGUUUUAGACAAUGAGCAAAAAGUUUACCAGCGAAUACAUCAUGAGGAAUCUGAGAUGGAAACAGAAGAAGAGGUUGACAUUUUGAUGAGCAGCGAUAUUUACUCAGCAACAUUAUCAACCAAAUCAAUUACGUUCACGCGUGCCCAGACAGGAUGGCUCUUCCGAGAGGACAAAACAGAAAGAGUAGGCAACUUUUUGGCAGAUUUCUACUUGGUGAAUGGACUUGUAUUAGAAUCGAGGAAAAGAAGAGAACAUCUCAGUGAGGAGGAUAUUCUUCGAAAUAAAGCGAUCAUGGAGAGCCUGAGCAAAGGUGGCAACUUAAUGGAACAAAAUUUUGAGCCUGUCCGCCGGCAGUCACUCACUCCGCCAUCCCCCAACACCAUUACGUGGGAAGAGUACAUCUCUGCGGAGAACGGAAAGGCUCCUCACCUGGGCAGAGAGCUGGUGUGCAAAGAAAGCAAGAAAACCUUCAAAGCCACAAUAGCUAUGAGCCAGGAAUUUCCCCUAGGGAUUGAAUCAUUGUUGAAUGUUUUAGAAGUAAUUGCACCCUUCAAGCACUUUAACAAACUUAGAGAAUUUGUUCAAAUGAAGCUUCCACCAGGCUUUCCUGUAAAAUUAGAUAUUCCUGUAUUUCCCACCAUCACAGCCACUGUGACUUUUCAGGAGUUCCGUUACGACGAGUUUGACGAAUCCAUCUUCACAAUUCCUGAGGACUACAAGGAGGACCCCAGCCGCUUCCCCGACCUCUAACUCAACUGGAAGGUUCCUGGUGCACAGCCCACCAGCGACCACGGUGACAGCAAACGGUGCACACAGCCCACAGUCACAGGCAAAGUGGGUUGUAAAGGAAGGGAUAAACUUAAUAAUGCAGAAGAAAAGGGAACAUGCAUCAAAUGACUGAUGUAUUGAUACUAUAAUGGGCAUCUAAUCUUGUUCCUGAUUUACAGCAAGUCUCCUUCUCACUUUUCUACAUCCAGUACUGCAAGUGUGCUAGUCUGACACCUCAGCAACCCUGAGAACACGUAACAGCCGUGAGGACUAUCAUUCGUUUUUAAAGUUUUUUACACUACUUGGUGAUACAAAAAGCACUCUUGGACCAUUAGCGUCAAAGUUGAGAUGUCUUAGCUGGAUAUUAGCCCUAUAAAACAGCCCACCAUACUUAAGGUGACCAUAUUAUAUUCUUUCAAGCUUUGUUUUCAUGGAUUGUAAACUAUGUAUCAUUAUGUAUAGUUCAGUAAUUUGAAUGUUAGUUGAACGUAUAUUAGAAGGAAUGCAUUUUCUGUAGAUGAAUGAACCAAAUGGCGACCAUUAAACGAUUGUGCUUGGAUCCUGCAGUGCAGGUGGGAGGCGGCGUUUGCUGCGUGGGGAGCGCAGUCCCUCCAGUGCAGCCUUUCCCUUCCCCACGGAGCCGUUUGUCCAUCCUCCUGGCGCCGGCUCUGCCGCUGUGCUGAGGUUCAUCACCCAGAAAUUGUCCCUUUUUUCUUCUUGUCUCACGCUCCCUUAAGAGACUUGCUGAGCGUCACCUGGCUUGUCUUGCAUUUGCAUUCAGCAGCCACUCGAGCGCAUGGGAUGUACAGAAAGUUACUAGAACAAUAAGCUCGAGCAUUAAAUUUUCAUAUAAGCAAAAGUUUCUCUUGAAGUUAGUUUAAUUGUAGUGCACAUUGAAUAGGGCUCGCACUGGGAUAUUUGAUAUGCACAUGCCUUAGGAUGUUUCCAGAUUAAUUUCCUUCCUCUCAAUGUUUUGACUAGGUAGGUAUUUCAGUACUCCGGCUUCUUGAGCUGAUUCUUAUUCCAAGUGGUUCCAGUCUCCUAAUUCGACAAUAAUCCAGCUUUUUGGUUUGUUAGGAAGAAUUUGUGCAAAAGGCUAAUGGUGCUAUUUGUUUGUAUUAAGAAAUUUAGAUUAAAGUGCUGUGGUGUAAUUGUACAAAAAUGUAAAUAUUUUCAAAAUUAUAUUCUUUGUGCACUGUAGUUAAAACUUUUUCUGGAAAUCAAUAGAGUUAAGCAUCAAAUGUUACGUUAAAGAGUGUGAUCAGUGCUAGUGCAGGUGCCCAGCCCGGCUGACCGAGCGGCGGAGGCAACUCCUCGCAGGCAAUAAAGUAGAAUCUGUCUGUAUAAAACCCAAAGCGGCUGUUCCAGCUCUGUCCGAGUCCCGGGCAAUCAGAUGGACAGAAAUCGGGAGCAGAGGUUGAUCCCGUUCCCGUGUCGCUGUCACCCUGCGCUGGGCAGGUGAGUGGCGAGUGCUCUGCAGACUGGGAUUGAUGCGCUGGAGCUACCAACUCGAAAUCAGAAAUAAAACUAUGGGGGGGGGAAAGCAAAGGGAACUGCAGAAUUGUGAUUGUUGAAAUACUGUGUCAGAAGCAGAUGUGGAACAUGUGGCAGGAAUGAUGGAACUUGUUCUUCCAAGUAAUUAUGAAUUCCUGAAGUGUGUUACAUCUGUAGUGUGCGCUGACCUCCGCCUCCUGCUGCUCCGAGAGGCAGCUGAGGUCCUGACAAAGGGUACCCAGGGCUGGGAAGGCUCAGCAAAUGCGGAGCAAUGUCUCUGCACAAGGUGAAUGUCAGAAAUCCCUUCUCUCAGUGUUCCAGGGAAAGAACCAUGUGUUUCAUGUUACUUUGCAUUUUUGGUUAUUCUGGAUUGCCAUGACAGAGCUUGCUGCCGCAGGAAGGAGCGCACGUAGCUGGAGCGGUGGACUUCAGAAAAAAGAACAAAAGCUUUUUGUGUAGCCUGACAUAAAGCAGCGGGUUCUGUGGACCAGCCCGUGUGUUCGGUGGAGCCCACCGCAGCCUGUGGAUACGUUUCCUCUGCUUUCCAUGGGCUCUGGCUGCAGAUCUGGUGGGUUUUUUAACCUUUGCAAUUACAUUACUAACUUUGAUACAUUUUAAGAUUUGCAGGAACUUUUUAUAGUGGGUUGCCACAUUAAGGCUUGCUGUAAUCUGGAGUGUCAGCAAAGGCUGGACACAGGUUUGGCUGUCGUGUUUUUACGUUAUUAUGGUGACCGUUCCCUGCUGCUGCUUUUGUUCUUAGUGCGGAGCUGAACGAUCUGACUCAGACUGUCCUGUCCAGCUCAGUGACAGUUUCCAGGUUCCUGUGACAGCCUCAUGGCAUGAGGCUUCAACUGUUCCUUGGUACAUUUCCUUCUGACUUUUGGUGAUGUGUCUCCUGUCUGAAUCAUUCCUGGUGAUGAGCUUUGAAAUGUGAAUCAGGGACACCCAGGCCGUGGUUUCCUGAGGGAUUUGCUGUAGGAAUCCCUGUUAGUGAGCGGGACGUGGGGCUGAGCGGGGAUGGUGGCAGCGCUAAUAGAAAUAUUCCAUGCACUGUUGUUUGUUUUGCUUGCCAGGAUGUUUGUGUCGCCCUGUGCUGGUUUGUGGGUCUGGAUGUGUUGGGUGAAGCGCCUCUAGCAGAGGAGCCUCCAUCGGGUGCUGCCGGCAUCUCCUGCUCAGAUGCCCUUUGGAAAUCCGUUUUUCCUACAACUUCAUUUUUGGUUUUCCCCUCAUCUUUUCCUGUAGCCCCUGUUGGGUGUUCAGGGCUGGUUUUCACCUGUGAACUUACCACAGGGGGUUUGCAGAGCUUGUCUCCACUGCUGGGCAGCAAGGAGUGGGUUGGCUGCAACACCUCACUGUCACUUGUGUAGGGACGUUAAUAGCAACGAGGAGCCCAGGAAUGCAUUAAUAAGAAUGUCUGGGUGACUCAAAAUGCUGUGGUGUAGGGCAGCGCUCUGCUCAACACAGGCGGGAUGACAAUGGUUUGGGUAGGAAUCGCCUGACAAGACACACUGACACCAUGGUGGCCUUUGGGGUGACGCUGAGAACGGGGCGAGUGGAGGAGGGAUGCCCGACCCCUGCACAUCUGAGCUUGUGUUCUUCUGUUUUCUGGUGGCUGCAAGGUGGUUUUUUAAUGAACAAGUAUUAAAAGUCACCCAUCAGUGUGGUAACUGAAAUAAUAAGAAAUUGUUGCAAAAGAAUUCCUGGGGUUGUUUCUUAACCAAACUGUUCCACUGGUCUUCCAAAACAUUGCUUUACUUUGUGGCAAAGGGAAUGUGUUUUUCCUUUCAAGGAGCUGCUGUUCCAGUCACUGUCCUCACUUUACUGCCAUUCUUCAUUUAUAUAUUGAAAUUAUUUGUUACAAAAAAGCUCUGGAUAUGUUCGUGCUGGAAACCCACCUUGUUGAGUUGAUAUUCAAAGCAACUGUCUGGUUUUUAAAUGUAUUUGUUCUUGAGUUGUAAGUCAUGCAAGGAUAACUGCAUUAUUUAAUCUGUAUUAACAAAUUUCCUGUAAUGCUGCAGUUUCACAUUUAUUUUCCUUACGAUUUGUAAUUAUCAUGGAAACAAUGUCACUUUUUUGCAUUUUACUAGUUGUCUGGUCCAUGUUUUUAACUUACCUUCACUGAUAGUAACUUUUGGUUGUAUCAUUUGUUAGAAUAAAGACCAAAAUACGCUGUUUGAUUCUUAAA